AUAAGAACUUUGUUUUUCCCUUUUUCCAUCUCUUUUCUUUUCUUUUCUUCUAUAGGAGUUGGAAAUGAAAUUGUAUAUAAUCUUAAUUACAGUAUUUCUAAAACUAUUACUCAUUCAUACAAUCUCUACUGAGCCUAUUAAUUAUGGGGCACUUCCAGAUACAUAUGAAUCAAUAACAGAUCAUAUCAUUGUCUUACAAUCUAAUAAACCUAUACAUUUAACUAUAUUUGGUUUACAAAUGGAUUAUAUUAGUCAUAUAUCAUUUGCAUCAAUUAGAAAGCCUCCAAAUUCACCAUGUGAACAUGAACGUGUUACUAGUUCAUUUAAUACACUUCCCGAGAGUUCAUUUGUUACUACCAGCGUUAUAAGUUUACGUGAAUUAUCCAGUAAUGAAGCUGCUUUUUAUCUAUGCAUUCGUAUUAUUCCUGUACAAAUUACUCCACAUAUUGAUUCAUCAGAAAAUACCGCAUCACCAUCACAACCACAACAACAACAGCAACCACGGAAUUAUUCUGAUAUUGACGGUAAAUGGAUCUAUGCUAAUGGUACUACACCGGAGUAUCGUUUAUCCUUUCGGACAACAAGUGCUCUUAUGCCAUUAUGGGUACAAAUUAUUUUCAUUAUUUUAUUAUUUUUUCUAUCUGGUUUAUUUAGUGGUCUUAAUUUAGGCCUUAUGUCACUUGAUAAAACUGAAUUAAAAAUUAUUGAAAGUGCUGGUUCACAUAAGGAAAAAGGUUAUGCUAAAGCUAUACGUCCUGUACGUGAAAAAGGCAAUCUGUUAUUAUGUACACUUCUGCUGGGUAAUGUACUUGUCAAUACAUCAUUAACUAUACUUAUGGAUGAUUUAACUGGGAGUGGUUUAUUCGCUGUUAUCGCCUCUACUAUUGGUAUUACACUAUUUGGUGAAAUUAUGCCACAAGCUGUAUGCUCAAGGCAUGGAUUAGCUAUCGGUGCAAAAACUUUAUGGUUGACAAAAACAUUUAUGCUGCUCACCUUUCCAAUUGCAUUUCCUGUUAGUUAUAUAUUGGAUAAAAUACUUGGUGAGGAAAUUGGUCAAGUGUAUAGUAGAGAAAAGCUUGGAGUACUUAUACGUGAACAAGAGUUGGAAAUGAAAUUGUAUAUAAUCUUAAUUACAGUAUUUCUAAAACUAUUACUCAUUCAUACAAUCUCUACUGAGCCUAUUAAUUAUGGGGCACUUCCAGAUACAUAUGAAUCAAUAACAGAUCAUAUCAUUGUCUUACAAUCUAAUAAAGCUAUACAUUUAACUAUAUUUGGUUUACAAAUGGAUUAUAUUAGUCAUAUAUCAUUUGCAUCAAUUAGAAAGCCUCCAAAUUCACCAUGUGAACAUGAACGUGUUACUAGUUCAUUUAAUACACUUCCCGAGAGUUCAUUUGUUACUACCAGCGUUAUAAGUUUACGUGAAUUAUCCAGUAAUGAAGCUGCUUUUUAUCUAUGCAUUCGUAUUAUUCCUGUACAAAUUACUCCACAUAUUGAUUCAUCAGAAAAUACCGCAUCACCAUCACAACCACAACAACAACAGCAACCACGGAAUUAUUCUGAUAUUGACGGUAAAUGGAUCUAUGCUAAUGGUACUACACCGGAGUAUCGUUUAUCCUUUCGGACAACAAGUGCUCUUAUGCCAUUAUGGGUACAAAUUAUUUUCAUUAUUUUAUUAUUUUUUCUAUCUGGUUUAUUUAGUGGUCUUAAUUUAGGCCUUAUGUCACUUGAUAAAACUGAAUUAAAAAUUAUUGAAAGUGCUGGUUCACAUAAGGAAAAAGGUUAUGCUAAAGCUAUACGUCCUGUACGUGAAAAAGGCAAUCUGUUAUUAUGUACACUUCUGCUGGGUAAUGUACUUGUCAAUACAUCAUUAACUAUACUUAUGGAUGAUUUAACUGGGAGUGGUUUAUUCGCUGUUAUCGCCUCUACUAUUGGUAUUACACUAUUUGGUGAAAUUAUGCCACAAGCUGUAUGCUCAAGGCAUGGAUUAGCUAUCGGUGCAAAAACUUUAUGGUUGACAAAAACAUUUAUGCUGCUCACCUUUCCAAUUGCAUUUCCUGUUAGUUAUAUAUUGGAUAAAAUACUUGGUGAGGAAAUUGGUCAAGUGUAUAGUAGAGAAAAGCUUGGAGUACUUAUACGUGAACAAGAGUUGGAAAUGAAAUUGUAUAUAAUCUUAAUUACAGUAUUUCUAAAACUAUUACUCAUUCAUACAAUCUCUACUGAGCCUAUUAUUUAUGGGGCACUUCCAGAUACAUAUGAAUCAAUAACAGAUCAUAUCAUUGUCUUACAAUCUAAUAAACCUAUACAUUUAACUAUAUUUGGUUUACAAAUGGAUUAUAUUAGUCAUAUAUCAUUUGCAUCAAUUAGAAAGCCUCCAAAUUCACCAUGUGAACAUGAACGUGUUACUAGUUCAUUUAAUACACUUCCAGAGAGUUCAUUUGUUACUACCAGCGUUAUAAGUUUACGUGAAUUAUCCAGUAAUGAAGCUGCUUUUUAUCUAUGCAUUCGUAUUAUUCCUGUACAAAUUACUCCACAUAUUGAUUCAUCAGAAAAUACCGCAUCACCAUCACAACCACAACAACAACAGCAACCACGGAAUUAUUCUGAUAUUGACGGUAAAUGGAUCUAUGCUAAUGGUACUACACCGGAGUAUCGUUUAUCCUUUCGGACAACAAGUGCUCUUAUGCCAUUAUGGGUACAAAUUAUUUUCAUUAUUUUAUUAUUUUUUCUAUCUGGUUUAUUUAGUGGUCUUAAUUUAGGCCUUAUGUCACUUGAUAAAACUGAAUUAAAAAUUAUUGAAAGUGCUGGUUCACAUAAGGAAAAAGGUUAUGCUAAAGCUAUACGUCCUGUACGUGAAAAAGGCAAUCUGUUAUUAUGUACACUUCUGCUGGGUAAUGUACUUGUCAAUACAUCAUUAACUAUACUUAUGGAUGAUUUAACUGGGAGUGGUUUAUUCGCUGUUAUCGCCUCUACUAUUGGUAUUACACUAUUUGGUGAAAUUAUGCCACAAGCUGUAUGCUCAAGGCAUGGAUUAGCUAUCGGUGCAAAAACUUUAUGGUUGACAAAAACAUUUAUGCUGCUCACCUUUCCAAUUGCAUUUCCUGUUAGUUAUAUAUUGGAUAAAAUACUUGGUGAGGAAAUUGGUCAAGUGUAUAGUAGAGAAAAGCUUGGAGUACUUAUACGUGAACAAAUAUGCAGUAUUUAUACGAAACUGUGUGUUAAUUGUCAUGAAUUACGUCGAUCACGUGUAUGCCGUUUACCGUUUCAUCUUGGACCAUCACCAGAAUUGGCUUUAGGUGUUUCAGUGUAUUGUCUAAUUCGUCCAGUACACUUGCCUACUCCAAUAUGGCUUUCAUCUAAUGACAAUAAGCCAAUCACAGUAAGAAGGCAAUAUUACAAAGCCAUAGAUCCAUAUGGUUCGUAUGAUCCAGUGAAAGAUGCACUCGCUGAUCAUGAUCUAGUUCGUGGUAUUAAACUUGAUGGUCGUUAUGUAUGCUUUGAUAAAGAUGAAAUUAAUGAAGCAAUGAAAAAUAUUGCUCCUGUUGGUAUCCAUCUGUUGGGUUUUAUACCAAUGAAAUUUUUAAAACGUUUCUAUUAUAUUCGUCCAGCACAGUUUAUUUAUCCUGAUGAAGCAUCGAUACACGGAAGUUGUUUAUGGUUUACAGCUCUGCUGAAUCGUUGUCUACAUCGUAAACUUUUAGCUAUAGCUGUAUAUGUUCAAAGAAAAGGACAAUUUCCACGUCUUAUUGCACUUUAUCCUCAAGCUGAAGAGGUGAAUGAAGUCAAAGUUCAGACCAUGCCACCUGGAUUUCAUAUUAUAUUUUUACCCUUUGCCGACGAUUUCCGUGAUAUUGACAUUCCAUCUGGGGAAAUAGCUGAUGAAUCUCAAGUAGAUAUUGCUAAGGCAAUGAUACGUAAAUUAAUGGUACUAUUCAGUCCUGGACAAAUUGAAAAUCCCUUGCUACAACGUUAUUAUUCCCUACUUGAAGCGUUAGCAUUUAAUCGAGAAUCUCAAUCUGAAAUUGUUGAUCAUACAUUGCCUAAAAUUAGAGCUAUGAAAAGAAAAGCCAGUGUAGAAAUUGAAGCCUUCAGACAAUGUUUCAACUUGGAGGCAGUGAAUUCAUCAAAGAAGGCUUGCACUUCACAAUCAACUGACAGUAAUAGUAGUCAAAGUGUAAAACCAUUUCUAUCUGAAGAUGAACUCAAAGCAGCUGUGAGACUUGGUCAAUUAAAUAAGUAUACAGUGACAGUUUUACGUGAUACAAUCAAAUCACUUGAUCUUAAAAUAUCAACAACUGGUCGGAGUAAAAAAUCUGAUAUUAUACAACAAAUAAUGAAUCACUUUAAAUGAUGGAGAAAUCUGCUGUUCUUGUUGUUGUUGGUGUUGUUGUUUUAGAAAAAAAAAUCCUUUCCCGUCUUUUUGUAUCCUUCAUUCAUUGUUCUUGUUUCCUGCCGUAUUUGUAUGUCUUCUAUUUUUGUAAAUGUUUGAAAGAACAG